AUGGCGACCGAGCUGCUGUCGCCGCUCUUCCCGCAGCGUCAACGCGGCCUCGCUGUCGUCGUGGCCGCGCCCCUGCUCGCGCUCCUCCUGGCCGUUGUCAUCUUCUCCCGCUCACCGGUGGCGGCACCCGUGUCCAUGACCUCUCCGGAGCUCGUCGACCUGACACUCCUCGCCGGCGCUCGGGAGAAGGGAGCGGUGUGUUUGGAUGGGAGCCCGCCUGGUUACCACCUGCGGAGAGGCUUUGGUUCCGGAGCUCACAGCUGGCUCGUCUUUCUUGAGGGAGGAGGUUGGUGCAACACCACGCAGAGUUGUUCCGAGCGCAAAAUGACCAGCUUCGGUUCAUCCAAAUAUAUGAGUGCAGUAAACUUCAAUGGGAUACUCAGCAAUGAUCACAUAGAAAAUCCUGAUUUCUACAACUGGAAUAUAGCUGUUAUAAGGUACUGCGACGGAGGAUCAUUUGCUGGGGAUGCAGAGGGUGAAGAUCUGGAUGGAACCAAACUUUUCUUCAGAGGAUUGCGCAUCUGGGAAGCAGUUGUGGAUGAACUCAUGGGAAAAGAAAUGGAUGCUGCUAAACAGGCCUUGCUUACAGGCUGUUCUGCUGGUUCUCUAGCUGCGCUACUGCACUGUGAUAAUUUCCGUGGACGGUUUCCUCAUGAAGUUUCAGUUAAAUGCCUUUCUGAUGCUGGAUUUUUUAUUGAUGAAAAGGAUUUAUCAGGAGAAAGGCAUAUGCGAUCAAUCUUCAACGGAGUUGUUCAGCUUCAGAAUGUUAGCAAAGUUUUGCCCAAGGACUGCCUGGCAAAGAAGGAUCCAACAGAGUGUCUCUUCCCUGCUGAACUUAUCAAGAGCAUCAGCACCCCCACGUUUAUUGUGAACUCAGAAUAUGAUGCUUGGCAGAUUGCAAAUGUUGUUGCGCCACCUGGAGACACAUGGUCGAACUGCAGAGCUAAUAUUCGGAACUGCAGUUCCAAGCAGAUCGAUGUGCUGCAUGGAUUCAGGAGGGAAUUCAUCAGGGAGCUGAAGGUUGCUGAAGGUGAACGGGACUGGGGGCUGUUCAUCGAUUCAUGCUACACCCACUGCCAGACUCAAUCGAGCGACUCAUGGCACUCGCCCACCUCCCCAAGGCUUGGUAAUCAGACUGUUGCAGAGGCUGUUGGGGACUGGUACUUCGGCAGAAGGCGACUGGUGAAACAGAUCGACUGCAAGUACCCGUGCAACCCAACAUGCAGCAGUCAGUAG